GUGUCGACUGAAAAAUACCUUGAACAAAUAGUGAAUCCCGGUAGAAUAUUUUUUUUUAAAUAUAUAAAUAUGUCUGGUGAAGUUAUUGCAAAACACAGGCUCCACAGUGGGAUAUUUCAUCCCCUCUUACGUCAGUGGCAGACGAGAAAUGUCGAGAUUACUCCUGAUAACAUCAUGUAUCCAAUAUUUAUUCUGGAUGAGCCCGAUGCUAAGGAUGAAAUAUCUAGUAUGCCAGGAAUAUUUAGAUACGGGAUAAAUCAAUUGAAAUCGACUUUGGAGCCGUUAAUAGCCAAAGGAUUGAAAUCUAUUUUAGUGUUCGGAGUGAUCAGUAAUGAAUUUAAGGAUCUUCUGGGAACUAAUGCUGACAGCCCUAAAAAUCCAAUCAUCCAGGCAUUACCAAUGUUACGAAAAUGGUUUCCUCAUCUAGUAAUUGCUUGUGAUGUCUGUCUAUGCCCUUACACAAUUCCUGGGCAUUGUGGGAUCCUCACUGAAGAUGGAUUGAUCGAUAAUAAAUCGAGUAUCGAAAGAAUAGCCGAGAUUGCUGUGGCCUACAGCCGAGCAGGUGCGCAUAUAAUUGCACCAUCAGACAUGAUGGAUGGUAGAAUUAGCGCGAUAAAAAGGGCCUUAUCGAGAGAAGGAUUCGAUAACAGAGUGGCAGUACUAUCUUAUUCUGUGAAAUUCGCAUCUGGAUUUUAUGGACCUUUUCGUGAUGCUUCUAAGUCGGCUCCAAAAAGCGGAGAUAGACAGAGUUAUCAGUUACCCCCUGGCAGCGUAGGAUUAGCUGCCAGAGCAGCUGAGAGAGAUGUGGCUGAGGGUGCUGACAUGAUAAUGGUGAAACCUGGCUUGCCCUAUCUGGACAUCGUGAGGCUCACCAAAGAGGCCCAUCCCAAUCACCCGAUGUUCAUUUACCAAGUAUCUGGGGAAUACGCUAUGCUGUACCACGCAGCCAAAAAUGGCUCUAUAAAUCUGAAGAAUGUUUUACAUGAGGUGCUACUAUCCAUGAGGAGAGCUGGAGCCGAUUGUAUCAUCACGUACUUUACUCCAUUGAUUCUAGACAUGAUUCACACUCGAAGUAGACUUAUAAAGAGAGAGAGAGAGAGAGCAACCAUGAAACGAGCUCUAACGUUUAUGAUAAUAGGGCUGAUAGCCCUGUUGGCUACAGCUAAAGAUGAGAAGAAAGAGAAGGAGGACAUUGGGACUGUCAUCGGUAUUGAUUUGGGAACAACGUACUCAUGUGUUGGAGUCUACAAGAAUGGUCGAGUGGAAAUAAUAGCGAACGACCAAGGAAACCGAAUUACUCCCUCAUACGUGGCAUUCACGGCUGACGGAGAGCGUCUGAUUGGUGACGCAGCGAAGAAUCAGCUGACGACAAAUCCUGAGAACACCGUCUUCGACGCAAAACGUCUUAUCGGUCGUGAAUGGUUAGACCCAACAGUUCAGCAUGAUGCCAAGUUCUUCCCCUUCAAGGUUAUCGAGAAGAACAGCAAGCCCCACAUUAAAGUCUCCACAAAAGAGGGUGAAAAAAUUUUCGCUCCGGAGGAGAUCUCAGCGAUGGUUCUUGGAAAAAUGAAGGAGACAGCUGAGGCCUAUCUUGGUAAAAAAGUAACCCAUGCAGUUGUCACAGUGCCAGCGUACUUCAACGACGCCCAACGUCAGGCCACCAAGGAUGCAGGAACUAUUUCUGGUCUCCAAGUAAUGAGAAUCAUUAACGAGCCAACAGCAGCAGCCAUAGCCUAUGGUCUGGAUAAGAAAGACGGUGAGAAAAAUGUUCUGGUGUUCGAUCUGGGUGGUGGUACUUUCGAUGUGAGUCUUCUGACAAUCGACAAUGGAGUCUUCGAGGUCGUCGCUACCAAUGGAGACACCCAUUUGGGUGGAGAGGACUUUGAUCAGCGAGUGAUGGAUCACUUCAUCAAGCUCUACAAGAAGAAGAAGGGCAAGGAUAUCAGGAAAGAUAACAGAGCUGUUCAGAAACUUCGUCGUGAAGUCGAGAAGGCGAAACGAGCUCUCAGUGCCAGCCACCAAGUGAGAAUUGAAAUAGAAUCGUUCUUCGAUGGAGAAGACUUCUCAGAGACCCUCACCAGGGCGAAAUUCGAGGAGUUGAACAUGGAUCUUUUCCACAGCACGAUGAAACCUGUACAAAAGGUCCUGGAGGAUGCUGAUAUGAGUAAGAAGGAUGUGGAUGAGAUUGUCUUGGUGGGAGGAUCAACGAGAAUUCCCAAGGUUCAGCAACUCGUCAAGGAGUUCUUCGGUGGCAAAGAGCCAUCUCGAGGUAUCAAUCCUGAUGAGGCUGUGGCUUAUGGAGCAGCUGUACAAGCUGGAGUACUCUCUGGUGAACAGGACACUGAUGCCAUCGUUCUUCUCGAUGUCAAUCCUCUGACUAUGGGUAUUGAGACUGUUGGAGGUGUCAUGACUAAAUUAAUUCCAAGGAACACUGUCAUCCCAACGAAAAAAUCGCAGAUCUUCUCGACAGCUUCUGAUAAUCAGCACACCGUUACCAUUCAGGUAUACGAAGGAGAGAGACCAAUGACGAAGGAUAAUCAUCUUCUUGGUAAAUUCGAUCUCACUGGAAUUCCACCUGCACCCAGAGGUAUUCCUCAGAUCGAGGUAACAUUCGAGAUCGAUGCCAAUGGAAUCCUGCAGGUGUCUGCUGAGGACAAGGGCACUGGCAACAGGGAAAAGAUUGUUAUUACUAAUGAUCAGAACAGACUGACACCUGACGAUAUCGAUAGGAUGAUCAAGGAUGCCGAGAAGUUCGCUGAUGAGGACAAGAAACUCAAGGAACGUGUCGAGGCAAGAAAUGAACUCGAGAGUUACGCUUAUUCGUUGAAGAAUCAGUUGGCUGACAAGGAGAAACUUGGGGCUAAACUCAGUGAGGAGGACAAGACGAAGAUGGAGGAGGCUAUUGAUGAAAAGAUCAAGUGGCUCGAGGAUAAUCAGGACACUGAUCCUGAGGAAUACAAGAAGCAGAAGAAGGAGCUCACUGAUAUUGUUCAGCCAAUUAUCUCGAAGCUUUACCAGGGAGCUGGAGGUCCACCUCCCCCCACUGGCAGUGAGGAGGAUGAUCUUAAGGACGAGCUAUAAGUGACAGAUUAAUAUUGAAUUUGUCUAGUGUAUCUCAGACUGAACUUUUGUUAAUGCAAAGUAACUUAGCUUCCUGAGGGGUGCCCUGGGAUCACCUGGGAAAUGUUGAACAACUAUGGGGGAUUUCGGGGGGCAUCCAGCGGUAGAAUACCUUUCCUUAUUGAAGGAUUGCGAUAGGGAACGAGGGGGACCAGGGAAAUUUUUUCUGGUUCUGAGCGAUCAAAGGAAAUUUCUCUGCAUUCCUCGGUUUAUUUAUUAAAUGCAAUUAACGUUUUAUAUAUUAUUUCAUGAAGCGAAACUUGAAAUGUUCUCGAGUGAGUCUUUUCAGGAGUGAUGAGGUAAAUUUCAUGUGUGAAAGCCUGUUAGUAAACAUUCAUUCAUUCUUUUGUAUACAUGAGAGUAAAUGCGAUCUGUGUGAUGUGAUUACAUGUAACAGUAUCACGAUAAUAAAGAAUUUUUUCAAUAA